AUGAAGGUUUCUUCUUUCGCGUUCUUCUCUCUUCUGGCCUCUGUCCAGGCCACUGGAUCGUACUGGGGCUCUGAGAAAUGCUACUCCAGCCCGGGUCGAUCCCCUAACAAGUGUAAUGAUCACCAGCAGAAGGGUUUCAGCUGGUCUGAUCUCGCUGCCGGUUCAUUCUCCAGCUAUGGUGGCUUUGAGUUCUCUGGCUUCACCUGUGGAAACGGCUUUGGCUCCAGCCUUGGCAAGCGUGGUACCCAGAAGUGUAUCUCCGGUACUGUCUCCCGUGGAUCUUCCAGCUCUUCCAGCUCUUCCAGCUCUAGCUAUGGCUCCAGCUCUGGCUAUGGCUCCAGCUCUGGCUAUGGCUCCAGCAGCUCCGGUUCUUCGGCUCCUUCGUUCUCCUGCGGCUCCGAGGAGAGCGGCUUCUCUGUGACCAACUUCCACAUUGCUACCGAGAAGGAAACUGAAUUGCACAUCAUCUACAGCAUGCCCGAUGGAUCGACCUGUAAGAACACCGCUAGCUGCCACUCCGGCGGUACCACUGUCACCAAUGACCAGUGUGGUGGUGCUACCUCCGUUCAAUUCGAGCUUCCUGAGGACAGCGAGACUGAGAGUUGUGGAUUCGGUAUUUACAGUGUUGGCUUUGACUGUACUCCUGGUACUACUAGCACUGCCUCUGUUUCAGUUUCAGUCCCUGCCACCUCGGUGCCAUUCACCUCAGUUGCUGCUGGAUCUAGCUCCGUGCCCUCGGUCUCGGUUCCCUCAUCUGUCUCUCCUGUCACUACUCCGGGUGUUAGCACCCCUGUCCAGAUGACCACCUCGACUGUCUACACCACCAGCGAGAUUACCAUCACUAGCUGUGCUGCUAGCGUUACCAACUGCCCGGCCGACUCGACUACCGUUGUGACUUCGACCAUUGCUAUCUCCACCACGGUCUGCCCAGUUACUGAGACUACCCCUGCCGCUGCCAGCUCCCCGUCUCUGCCUUCCGGUCCUAGCAGCGUCUUGCCUGCCAGCUCCAGUGCCCCAUACUCAUCUGUCUGGUCGUCAUCUGCUAGCGCGACACCUGCUGGAACUCCUACUCCUUCGACCCCUGGCGCCGUGACUACUCCUGGUCCCGUUACCACGCCUGCUCAAUGGACUACCUCGACUGUGUACACCACCAGCGAGGUUACCAUUACCAGCUGUGCUGCUAGCGUUACCAACUGCCCGGCCGACUCGACUACCGUUGUGACUUCGACCAUUGCUAUCUCCACCACGGUCUGCCCAGUUACUGAGACUACUCCUACUGCCGCUAGUUCGGCUUCUCUGCCCGGUGCUCCCAGCCCCAGCAGUGUCUUGCCGGCCAGCUCCAGUGUUGAAUACUCCUCCUCUGUCUGGUCUGGAUCCGCCAGCGAGACUCCCUCGGCUCCAGCUCCGUCCGAUUCUGCUUCAAACCCCGCUGGAACUCCUGCUCCCUCCACUGUUGAUGCCGUGACCACUCCUGGUGCCGUCACUACUCCUGCUCAAUGGACUACCUCGACCAUCUAUACUACCAGCGAGAUCACCAUCACUAGCUGCGCCGCCAGUGUCACUGACUGUCCUGCUGGUUCCACUGCUGUUGUCACAUCUACCAUCGCUAUCUCGACCACUGUCUGCCCCGUCACUGAGACUAUCCCGGCCGCUGGAUCUUCCUCUGUGCCUGGAGUUCCCAGCCCCAGCAGCGUUCUUCCCGUCAGUUCGUCUGCCCAGUCCACUGGUCCCAGUGAGACUCCCGCUCCUUCGGAGUCCGGCUUGCCUCCUGCAGGCACUCCUGCUGUUCCUAGCGUGACCUCCGCUGCUUCGUCUCCCGCUGACACUCCAGGUGUCCCUGGUGAGGCCACCACCACCGUUGUGACUUACGAGACAGUGACCACCUGCCCUGUGACCAACACCGUGACUUCCGGUUCCUCUACCUUUGUGACCACUUCAAGCACUGUGUCGACCGUCACUUUGACUUCUACCUCCACGGUUUGCACCCAGUGCUCUGCCACUGCCACCUCUGUUGCUGGUCAGAGCUCCGUCAUCCCAUCUGAUACUCCAGAGGGUUCUAGCCCUGUGGGAUCAGAGACCGUCCCUGUCCCUACCGGUCCAGGCGUCACCAGCUCCAUCACCUCCAGCGUUGCUGCCAUCUCUACCCCUGUCGUUCCUCAGGGCGAGACCACCACCGUUGUGACAUACGAGACUGUGACGACAUGCCCUGUCACUGAUACUGUCACCUCUGGAUCCUCUACCUUCAUGACUACCUACAGCACUGUUUCUACCGUCACCCUGACUUCGACUUCGUCUCUGCCCAGCUCAGUCGCUGCUGGUAGCACUCCUGCUCCAUCUGGAACCGAGGUUGCUACCAGCCCUGCUCCCACUGGACCCGCUGUGACCAGCGUCGUUGUCAGCUCUACUCCUACAAUCCCCGAGGGUCAGACUACCACGGUCGUUACCUAUGAGACCGUCACUACCUGCCCUGUCACUGACACCGUCACUUCUGGAUCCUCCACAUUCGUGACUACCUACAGCACUGUUUCUACCGUCACCCUGACUUCGACUUCGUCUCUGCCCAGCUCAGUCGCUGCUGGUAGCACCCCUGCUCCCACCAGUGUCGGUGCCAACUCUACCCCUGCAGUUCCCGAAGACCACACUACCACAGUUGUAACUUACGAGACUGUCACCACCUGCCCCGUUACUGGCACCGUGACCUCAGGCUCAUCCACCUACCUGACCACCUCCAAUACCGUCUCCACAGUUACCAUGACCUCAGUGUCUACAAUCUGCACCAAGUGCAGCGCUACAGCCACAGGUACCUCCGACGUCUCUGCUGCAACUACCACCGCUGUCGCCGUCACCGGAACCUCCCCAGCAUCGAGCCCAGCUCCCUCCGCUCCCUGCCCCAACACUGUUCCCCAGUGUAUUAACACCUGGUUGAGCCUGGUGCCCAAGUGCACAUCAAACAGCGACGCCUCCUGCUUCUGCCCCAACAGCGAGUUCACCGACAAGGUCAUCUCCUGUAUCCAAGCCUGGGGAGCCUCCAAGGCCGAGGUCCAAUCUGCCCUCUCCUACUUCACUGGGAUCUGCGCAACCUGGGUGCCCCAAAACCCAGGCAUCGUCACCGCCAUCCCGUCAACAAUCACCCUCGUCCCAACAGUCGUCCCCUCAGUCGCAGUCUCCAGCGACGUCGACGCAACUGGUGUCCCAGCAACCCUCACCCCAGCCGCACCUCUCACCUCUGCCCCGGCUGUCCCCUGCACCACUAUCACCUACUCGACCUACACCUUGACAGUCCCCCAAGUCAGCUUCAUCACCAACACAGCUACAGGCACUGGCGUCAGCGCAGGUGCAACAGUCGGCCUCGUCCCCGCCGGUCCAAGCACCAGCGCCGCCUCCCCAGCCAACACAGGCGUCGUUCCAGCACCCGCAUCCGCAACCUGGGUCACCGCCUCAGCAAGCGCAUACGCCUCUGCCAGUGGAAGUGCCUCGGCUAGCGCCUCGCCAGUCUUCAACUCGGCGUCCAGCUUGUCGGUUGCUAGCAGCCUGGUACUGGGCUCGUUGGCAGUUUUCUUCAGCUUGAUGCUGUAA